GCCGCGUGGAGGGCGCCCACGGCGGGGCGAGGCGGGCCCAGAGCCCCGGCCCCGAGCCCCGUUCCCUGCGUGGGCCCCGCCGCCCGGGGGUCGCGCCAACCGCCUCCUCCCGGGAAGGGCCCCGGCCGCGCGCCGGUCGCACUCACCUCUGUGGCGAGGGGCAGAGACGCAGGGCGCCGGCCGCCUCCCGAGCCCCGCGGCCUUGUUGCUUUUUUUCCACAACCGUCUCACCGAGUCGCCUCGUUGGACGUUUUCUCCCUUCAGGGACGUGCCAUGAACGCUUCGCACUACGAAGCGCAUUUCCUGCCGAAACGACUAAGAGCGUGGCCAGAGCCCGAGGCAGUGUCCUCCGUGGAGGCAUUAGCUAGAGAAGACAUUGAUGAAGCUGUACAUGCAAUAUUAUUUAGAGAAAAUUACGUUGUGAAGGUUACAGUCCCACCGCUUUGUGAUCCUCUGUUUCGAAGACAGCAAGAGGUUGAUGAGGAGAACAGAGCUAUUCUGCAGUGCGAGACAGGAAGACGAUAUACCAUAAAAGAAUUUAAAGAAAUAGAAAAGGCCAAGCUGCAUGCUAAAUCGCCCCGGUCCACUUUCACUCUACGCUGCGUGAGUCCAAAAAAGUGGCUCAAGGCUUCUGUGAGAUCCAUGAGAAGUAAAAUUCAUAGUACAUGCAGACCUGAAAAACUCAUCUGUGCAGAAAAGAAACAUCUGUCUGAUAAAGAGAGAAAGACCACUGACCCAAGCCAGGCUGCUUUUGAAAGGAAGUUUCAUUCCUCAAAGCUCAGCCAGGAGAACCAGAGGGAGGAGAGGAAGGGUCUGGUGAGCAGAGGCUGGGAUGGCCAGCAGGAAGCAAGCCCUACUUCCACCAUCUGGGCCAAGACACUGAGGGCUUCAGGCAGCAAGCAGCCCAGACCCCGCUCCUGGGCAGCCGGGGAGGGCCAGCGGCGUGGACGGGGCGCUCAGCCUGUGGAAAGGAGGGUGAUGACGGCCGAGGUCCUGGCGCAGCACCUGGCCUCACUGCAGGUGGGGGCUGGGCUGGGCAGCCGGGGGCUGUACCACCUGUGA